CCAAGAAAGAUUGUGGUGAUGUGAUGUGAAGUGAAAAUUUUUCCAUUUCGGCUGCAUGCGAAAUCUGGAAGCAUAUUUCGGGCAUGAAUUAAACGCUGGAAGCGCUGAAAAUAACUCUGUCGUGAAGCCGAUCGCUGGCAGUAUCGAGUGCAGUUGAAGUAAACCCCGGGAAAAGUGAACUGCGUGUGAAAAAAGUGGAUAAAGUUUGUGUUCAUAUCGCAGAAUAGAACGUAGGCCAUCGCGCGGGGAUUAGAGGUGGCCCCCCGAGAGAGUGACAGUCGUGGAGUCAUAAAAAAAAUAGUUUCCAAGUCAAAAAGUGCUACUGAUAACGGUGCGUUGAGGGUUCCUUUUUAAAGUUGAAAAGAGGGCAACAAAGUAGGAGUAUCGCUUGAUAAUGUCCGGGUUUGACGAUAAUCCGUUCGGCGAGCCAAUCGUCGACAAUCCAUUUGCGGAUCCCUCGAUUCAGGCAGCAACCCGCAAUAGCACCAAUCCCCAGCAGACCCUGGACGAUUAUGAUCCGUUUUCGAGCGAAGCGAAUCAACAGCGAACACAGAACAACUUUGGACAGCCUGCCACCCUGCAGCCUUCGACACAGGCCGUUCCGGCCUACAGCCCGAGUGGAGCCCAGUACAACAACAAUGCGGCGCCUGGUGCCAGCAGUCCUGCAGCGAUGACACAGAUUUCCACCGCCGAACUGCAGCGGCGCCAAGAUGAGCUGGAGAAGAAGGCUCAGGAACUGGAACGCCGCGAAGCCGAACUGAUGAACAGUGCCAACGCCAGCCGGCCGAACAAUUGGCCUCCGUUGCCGUCGUUCUGUCCGGUGCAGCCAUGCUUCUAUCACGACAUCAACAUCGACAUCCCGACCGAGUUCCAGAAGAUUGUCCAGAAUCUGUACUACCUGUGGAUGUUCUACACGCUGGUUAUGGUCGCCAACAUCCUGGGCGGUUUGGUGAUAUUGAUCCAUUCCACAGAUUUCCGCAUCUUCGGGUUGGGCAUCUUCUACGCGGUGCUGUUCACGCCGGCCUCGUUCCUGUGCUGGUACCGCCCGGCUUACAAGGCGUUCAAGAGCGAUUCCAGCUUCAACUUUAUGAUGUUCUUCUUCAUCUUCUUCUUUCAAACGUUGGUCACCAUCAUCCAGACGAUUGGUUUCCCUGGUUCGGGCACGUGCGGUGUCAUCACGUCGAUUAGUCUGUUUAGCGAUGGUGGAAUUGGCAUUUUGGUGGGCAUCUUUGUGCUGGCCAUUGCUCUCGGUUACGGUUCGUGCGCUGCCGGCAACAUUUUCAUGUUGAGCAAGAUUCACGCAAUCUACCGCAGCGGUUCCGAGACUAACCGAAUCACGAUGGACAAGGCUCGCCAGGAGUUCCAGUCCGGCUUUUUCGGUAAUCAAAUCGUGCGGGAUGCAGCGGCCGGCGCCGCCCGGGCCACCGUGCAAUCGCAGUUCAACCAGAACAGCGUAUAUUGAUAAGAGCAAAUCUAUUUCGUCCGUGAAUCUCGUGAUAAUCCCGUGGACAUAGAAGAAGAGAAAAUGCUACGAAACUAAAUAAUAACCGCACUAUUGUUGUUAAG